ACCCGUCUCGAUCCACGCCGCUCUUCUCCCCACUUUCGGCCUCCCCUCUCCCUCCGCCGGUCGAAUCGGCGAUGUCAUCGUCAGAAUCCGCCGAGCGGAGGGAGCUCCGGAGAGAUCUCCGGCGAGAAGAAGGCCGGGAGCGGGAUGCUUCAGACGCUGCAGCUCGGAGGGCUGUUUGGAUUGUGGUAUCUCUUCAAUAUCUACUUCAACAUCUAUAACAAGCAGGUGCUGAAAGUUUUUCCUUACCCUAUGACCAUGACUACAGCUCAAUUUGCUGUCGGGACAGUCUUUGUACUCCUUAUGUGGACUACAAACCUUCACAAGAGACCUAAGAUUUCUUCUUCACAGCUUAUGGCGAUUUUACCAUUGGCCAUGGUCCACACGAUGGGAAACCUUUUCACUAAUAUGAGCCUAGGCAAAGUUGCUGUUUCAUUCACUCACACAAUUAAAGCUAUGGAGCCUUUCUUCUCAGUUCUUCUAUCUGCCCUGUUCCUUGGAGAGAUGCCUACUCCUUGGGUGGUGCUUUCUAUCAUUCCAAUUGUUGGUGGUGUGGCUUUGGCAUCCAUGACUGAAGCUUCUUUUAACUGGGCUGGGUUUUGGAGUGCAAUGGCUUCCAAUGUGACUUUCCAAUCACGUAAUGUGCUUAGCAAAAAGCUCAUGAUUAAGAAAGAGGAAUCUCUGGACAACAUAAAUCUCUUCUCUGUUAUAACAAUUAUGUCAUUGUUCCUGUUGACCCCUGUAACUCUGUUUGUGGAAGGUGCCAAGUUCACUCCUGCAUAUGUGCAGUCUACGGGUCUGAAUCUUCAACAAAUUUACACGAGAUCACUCCUUGCUGGGUUAUGCUUUCAUGCUUAUCAACAGGUUUCUUACAUGAUUCUGUCUAAAGUUUCGCCCGUCACCCACUCUGUUGGUAACUGUGUGAAGAGGGUGGUAGUCAUCGUGACCUCGGUCCUCUUCUUCAGGACUCCUGUUUCUCCCAUCAACUCUCUUGGGACUGGGGUGGCUCUCGCUGGUGUUUUCCUGUACUCGAGGCUGAAGAGAAUCAAGCCGAAGGCAGCAUGAGUUACAUCUUUGUGGUUAUUUUAGCAUGUCCCUGUAAUUUCCUUCCUUCUCUAUUUCCCCCUUUUUCUUCUUACUUUGAGAAAUUAGUCAUCUUAGAUCUGUCUAUGCGGUUAGCUUUUGUGUAGGGAGCUCAAUUUUUUGUACUUCGCCACUUCUAUCAAUUUUCAAGUGGUAACAAAUGAUAAAAACCUACUCAAUUUUUUAUUUUGCUUGUGUUGUUGAUUUAA